AUGGCGUUUGAGCCCCAGGGCCGGGGUGUAUUGGCAGUUGGUGGGACCCCAAUCCAGGAGUAUGAUUUGUCGGAUGAAGAUGACAACUUCAAUGAGGGGGAGAGAGAAAGAAAAAGAAUCCGCAGCCACCGCAGCUUGCCCGGGGUGAUGAUGGGGGACUUAGCCGCAAAAAACGAAAAAAUAUUUUUGAUUAACGACGUCGCCUUCUCGGGGGACAGCCGCGCCUUCGCUGCAGCAACCUCUCACGGGCUGUAUAUAUACAGCAUAGACCUCCAGGCAUGA